AUGACUAAAUUACCUUCAUUACCACAACAAAAUCCAAUCUUUGAUGAUGAUGAAUCUCCUUAUCUUUUCAAAGACCCAGGUCCAAAUGUAUCCAUAGUUGAUUUAAUUCAUGAUUAUACUCCAUUACGUCGUGAGAAUAUUAAAAACUCAGUUGCAAUUCCAGGCACUCAAGAACCAGGUUAUUCAAGUGUUUAUAGAAGUACUUUAUUCCCAAAUGGUUUGAAACAUGCUUUUACUUCAGAAUUAGAUACUGUUCAUUCAUUAUUUAAAAAUUCAGUUACUAAUUUUGGUGAUGACCCUGGAUUUGGUUAUAGAAAAUAUGAUUAUAAAACUAAAACUUCAGCUCCAGAAUAUUCUUUAAUUACUUAUAAUGAAAUUAAUGAAAUGAAACUUAAUUAUGGUGCUGGUUUAUUCUUUUUAUUAUUAUCAAAUCCAUUUAAAGAUCUGGCUAAAUAUGAAUCUCAUGCUAAAAUUGAUUCACACGUACAAAACUAUAAGAAUUAUAAUGCUGAAGAUACUUCAUUUAUUGUUACUGUUUUUGCUUCCAAUAGAUGGGAAUGGACUUUAACUGAUUUAACUUGUAGUUCAUUUUCAGUUACCAGUACUUCAUUAUAUGAUACUUUAGGAGUUGAAUCAUCAAAAUAUAUUUUACAAUUAACUGAAAGUCCAGUUAUUGUAGCUUCAAAAGGUCAUAUCAAGAACUUAAUUGAUGCUAAGAAAGAUGAUCCUGAAGCUUUAGGUCAUAUUAUAUCUAUAAUCUCUAUGGAUCCACUUGAUAAAGAAGAUCAAUAUUUAUUUGAUGCUGCUGAAUCUGCUAGAAUAAAAUUAUUUGAUUUAAAUCAAGUUUUACAAAUUGGUAAAUUAUUCCCUAUGCAAGAAUUACCACCAACUACUGAUCAAGUUUUCGCUAUUAGUUUUACAUCUGGUACCACUGGUAAUAAUCCAAAGGGGGUUAUAUUAACACAUAAAACUGCUGCUGCUGCCACUGUAUUCAAUUUAACUUUGGUUGGACAUGGAAGAAAAUGGAAAUCAUUUAGUUUUUUGCCAUUAGCUCAUAUUUAUGAACGUGCAGUUUCAACUUUUGUUCUAUGUUAUGGUGGGUGUGUCGGUUAUCCAAGAUUAAAUGGAAGUCCACUUACUUUAAUUGAAGAUUUAAAAAUUUGGAAACCUCAUUUUAUGUCAAAUGUUCCAAGAAUUUUAACUAAAAUAGAAGCUGCUAUUAAGAAUGCUACUUUUGAAUCUAAUUCAGCUGUUACUAGACAAUUAUUUUCCAAAGUUAUCAAUUAUAAAUUGGCUAGUCAAGAAGAAUAUGAUGGUGCUGAAGGUAAACAUUUAAUUUAUGAUAAAUUUUUUAUUUCCAAAUUAAGAUCUUCAAUAGGAUUUGAUAAUAUGCAAAUGACAACCACUGGUUCAGCUCCAAUUUCAGCAUCUACUAUUCAAUUCUUAAAGGCAUCAUUAGGUAUAGGUAUUUCUCAAGGUUAUGGAUUAACUGAAUCAUUUGGAGGUAUUGCCUUUAGUAUUCCUCAUGAAUCUAGCCCUGGUGGUUGUGGUUCAUGUAGUGUAACUUGUGAAAUGAGAAUUAGAGAAUUACCAGAAAUGGGUUAUCAUAUUAAUGAUGCAGAUGGUCCAAGAGGUGAAUUAUUAUUAAGAGGUCCACAAGUUACACCAGGAUAUUAUAAAAAUCAAGAAGCUACUGAUUCUGCUUUUGAUAAAGAUGGUUGGUUUUAUACUGGUGAUGUGGCAAGAAUUUCUAAAACUGAUGGUAAAUUAUUUAUUAUUGAUAGAGUUAAGAAUUUCUUUAAAUUGGCUCAAGGUGAAUAUAUUACUCCUGAAAAAGUUGAAAAUCAUUAUUUAUCAAACAAUCCAAUUUUAACUCAAUGUUAUACUCAUGGUGAUCCAUUAAAGAGUUAUUUAGUUGGUGUGAUUGGGUUAGAAAGAGAAUUAUGUGUUCAAUUUUUAGUUGAAAAAUGUAAAGUUGAUAUUAAUGAUUUACAAACUACUGAACAAAUUUUGGAAUAUUGUAAUAAAUUUGAAAUUAAGAAACAAAUUUUACAAUAUUUAAAUACGAAUAUUUCAGAUAAAUUAAGAGGAUUUGAAAAAUUACAUAAUAUUUAUAUUGAAUUUGAACCUUUAAGAAUUGAAAGAAAUGUGGUAACUCCAAGUUUAAAAUUAAGAAGACCAAUUGCAAAGAAAUUCUUUUCAAACCAAAUUGAUGCUAUGUAUUCUGAAGGUUCAUUAAUUAGAAAAGAAAGAUUAUAA